UCUUACUGGAUUAACGUUUCAUUGGAAUGGAUAAUAUUGAUGCUAAAUUCAUGAAAUAUACGAUCAUGGGAAUUACUAUGUUCAGAUGUUGGAGGUUGAAAACUAAUGUAACAUGAUGAAUUUUCUUAUAUAGUGAUUUAAUACCUAUGGUACCGUUUGACAAAGGAUACAAGAUGUCGGUGUGAAAAAGGGAUCUGAGCAGCUGCACAAAAUUACAUUCAUUUAUUAACAUAAACUCAUUACUGAUCGAUGUUGAACAACAGAGCAAGAAAUAGACAAACCGACUGCAGUGAAUAAACUCUCAUAGCAAUCCCCAUGAUUUGAGCGCUCUACUACCAGACCAGGAAUAGAUGCAACGCUUAUAUCAAGACUUGGUGAUUUCCGGUAGAUUUUAUGAAAUUCAUGUGCAAAAAUACAGUAUCGCCAGCAUAUGCAUUUUAAACAAGCCUAGUGAUGACGAUUCAGCUAUUUAUUGGAUAUUUCGUCUGUUACUCAAGCAUUAUCAUGCAUUCUACUUUUUAUUUAUUUUGAGAAAUAGUCAAAAUCAUAUCAGCAAAGUUGUCAAAAUAAUCACAUUGUUAGGGUGACAGGUACGGUACAUUGUUUAAAAACAAAGCAAUUUAAAAUAUAAAAAGUUUAUCAGGUUGGUUAAGUUUUAUUGUGAAAAGCGCAAGAUUGUUAUUCCUCCUGCAAAUAAUAGCCAGUGUGACACAUUUGCAGAACAGCAAUUACAAAAUAGUGUUUAUUUUCAUUAUGACUGGUAUAUUAUGGUUUUAAAAGUUUUACAAAUAGUGACUAAUUGGGUAGAUGACAGCUGUUCAAUGGUACAGUAGCAAUUAUCAUAAUUAUUGAUAAAUGAUCAUGCUUUAUGUAAAUAAUAAAUGUGUGUUACUCAUUCUUCAAUAAAUCAAGAAAUUAAAAACUAAUAAUAUCAGCACCCUGGUUUAUUCAUAAAGGUUAGAGUGAUGGAAUAUCAUCCGAGUCUUGAAUGCAGUUAGACUGUUGUUUGUGAGCUGGAAGAGUUUUGGUAUGAAAAAAAUAAUAAGCAGUAUUGGAUUAUAAUUAGAACAAAGUACAGGAGAUAUGGCUAGUAGGCUGAAAACAUGUUACAGGAAUGUUCUACCACCAUCUUGCAUUCCAUUUACAUCUGACAAAGGUAAAAAAUAUUUUAAGGAAGCUUUGCCAACGGGUCACAUGAACUGCUACUUUGUGAUCGGUUCUCAGUAUAAAACACAAGAAGAACCUGGUGGUUAUAGCGGUUUAUCAUCUCUUGUAAUGGUUCUUAAUGCAUUUCAUAUUGACCCUGGAAUUGUUUGGAAAUGGCCAUUUCGUUGGUACCAUGAGGAUAUGUUGCAUUGCUGUACUUCUCUUGAGGAAAUAAGGAAAAAUGGCAUUUCUAUUGAGAACCUGCUGCGUUUGGCAAGAUGUAAUAACCUUGAAGGCCAUGUUAAACGGUUUUCCGUUGAAUCCAACAUUGAUGAAUUUAGAGAUGUAAUCAAAAAUGUAACACUGAAAGAAGAUGUAGCUAUGAUUUUAUCAUACAAUCGUUCUACUCUUGGGCAGAUAGGAUCAGGCCAUUUGUCACCAAUUGGAGGCUACAAUCCUAUCGAAGACAAGGUUCUUAUCUUGGAUGUUGAAAGGUUUAAAUAUCCACCACAUUGGGUUUGUUUGCAUGAUUUAUGGAAUGCCAUUAAGAGCAUAGAUGAAUCGACAGGACUUCCUCAUGGAUAUGUGAAACUGUGGAGGGCUGAUACUAUCAUAGAGGAGAAAUUAUUCUGCAAUUGUUUGGAAAGAAAGAAAUUUUAAACUGGAUCUAGUAGAUUUUAAACUAUGAACAUAUUAGGUUUUUUGAAAAUGAAUUGAAUAAUUAGAUUAGAGAGUCUAAUUAUUCAAACCUUUAUUAAAUGUUAGAAAUUUCAUUGAAACUCUGGUUACCCCGCCUUGUUCAUGUGUAACCUACAACUUCACUUUUGCAUUUUAUUAUAUUUAUCAAUUUUUAUAAGAAUCUAUUAAUAUGCGGGUUCGUACAUAAUUAGGUCAUGAUAAGUUAUGGAACAUAAUAUAUUUCAUCUUGUAUGCUAUUUUAUAUGACUGGGUGAUUUGUAGUUUUUCAAAUCUUGCCUUUCUGUUCUCAAUGUUUUUAUUAUUAUUUCCACCUCUGGUAAAUAUUUACAAGUUUCUGACACCAAACUGUUAAUUGCAGUUCUUACUACCUCAAUCGAAAAAUUUUAAAAAGCUAAAUAAUACAACAGCAAUAGGAAUUAUUGAUAUUGGAAAUGUGACUUGAAAAUAUCAGCAAGUGUUUCAUGUGAAUUUCCCAAGGAUAUUCCAAGUUAUUAUUAUACACUUCUGUAAUGCCCAAUUUAACUCUUAACUCAAUCAUAACUGUUAUUUCCUAUUCAUGUCAACUAAUCCGAACAUUGUUCAUGAAUUAGAUUCUAGCACGAAAGUUCUACUUCCCUAUUUAUAAUACACCAGGUGUUGACCUCUGUAUUAUUUGUAUAUAUGUUUUCUGUUAUAAGAGUUUGUAGUGGAGUGUGUAAUGAUUGACGAGUUGACAUAUGCCAUUCUUGCAUCAUUUUUUAUAAUAACUGUUAUUAAAUUAUUCAAAGUUAUCGAUUUCAUUUAUUCUAUUUUUUAG